AGCGCUUACAGCUCAGAGUCCCGGAAGCAGCGGGCAGGUGCAGAGUGAGCCGACGUUCCCUGCAGUACACAGACCGCCGUCACCGCUGCAUCCGGACUGUGGAGGGCGCUGUCCUAUGGAGGGGUGGAGAAUGAACCGGUGUUGAGAUGGGCUGCUGGCGUCUUGGAGUUUUAGUGCCUUGUAAGUCGCAAUGGCUUCAGAGAUGGAGAAGGCCGAUGCUCUCCUCCAGACAAUCAGCACUGCGUCCGUGGCCUCCAGUCUAGGGUUGGGCGUCUUCUGCUUCUUGGCAGACAAAGUGCAGCAAGCGCCUUUCAUCCAGCAAAAUGAUUGGCUUCGAGCCAUGUCCGACAGCGCAACCCAUGGUGUGAUUGGCAUGUGGUCGUGGGCCAUCGUCGUUGGCCUCCGGAAGAGAAGUGACUUCUGUGAAGUUAUUCUUGCUGGAUUCUUUGCCUGUAUCAUAGACUUGGACCACUUCUUCAUUGCCGACUCCUUCUCAUUAAAGGCUGCUCUCCACCUCCCUCACCGUCCUCCUCUCCACUGUUCAACCUUGAUUCCUAUCCUGGCCCUUGCCCUGAAGUUCCUCAUGCAGCUUUUGAGGUUGAAGGACUCUUGGUGUUUCUUGCCUUGGAUGUUGUUCAUAUCUUGGACUUCCCACCACGUCCGCGACGGAAUUCGCCAUGGACUCUGGCUGUGUCCAUUUGGAAAGACUGGUCCGCUUCCAUAUUGGCUUUAUGUGGCGAUCACUGCUUCGCUCCCCAAUCUGUGCUCCCUCGUCAUGUACCUAACUGGAACGAGAGAAAUGAUGACCAAGAAGCACGGAAUACACAUCGAUGUCUGAAGGAACGAGAGGACAAAUCUUGAUGGUUUAAAAAAAAAAUGUUUACAUUCCAGAAGAUGUAUGAUGGUGGUCUACAGGUCUGCAUUUCCUGUUACGUCCCAUCAGCAGAAUGCAAGCUGUUCUACAGUAGUGUGUAAUCUGUAUCUGCUGACUCGAGGCAAUCACUCGCACACUAACACUAUGUAUACAAUUGCCCAGUAUAUUCCUGCAGGGAACGAAGGUGUACCUACCGUACCUGAGCUUUCUUUUUUCAGAAACUGAGGUGUUACUUCCACAUUUUGGAUCUGAAUAUCAGAUUUCGGAGUAAGAGAAUAUCACUAUUUAUUUAGUAAUGCCAUUGAUUUUUAAGCUGACCUCUAAUUUAGGAAAGUAUAGAGAGGGGGAUUAAGCACGGGACUGGAAGACAUAUAUAAGUAUUUAAAGUAUAUGUGUCACCAAAAUAUCUUUCUGCCAGUUAAAGCCUAAUAGUAAAACACAUCCCUUUUUUCUAAUAUGAUUAUAUUUCCUGAUUGUAGAUUUUUUUUGUUCUAUUUCCUGAACAUGAUUAUGGGCGGUCAUCUUGCCUGAGCUGUUCUUAGCAGCAUUUAUAGUGGUUUUCCGUGAGUUUUACACUGAGGACCUAUCCCUUUCCCAGAGGCCUUCUCUCAGCUUAGCCUAAAUCGUGUGAAGUCACUUUAACCGGUCACUUGGCCUAGGCUCGGCUCAGCCGCAUUGAAGUGAAUAGAGCUGAGCUGGGAUACCAAGCAUAGCCGCUAUACAAUGUACGGCACUGUGCUCAGUUUGCUGAGAGAAGGCCGCAGCACUACUGCGAUCUUUUCCAAGAUAUGAUGUACUAUGGUAAUUUCUGUUUAUCCACAUUGAGAUUAUGGGAUUAUUUUUUUAACCAAGGAGAUUGAGAUAUAUGUCUUUGUACAUGCACAGCAGCAGUAGGCACAUAAGACACUUUCCACUAUUUACAUGUUUUGCCUGGUAAGGCUACUUUCACACUGGCGUUUUGGUUUCCGUUUGUGAGAUCCGUUCAGGGCUCUCAGAAGCGGUCCAAAACGGAUCAGUUUUGCCCGAAUGCAUUCUGAAUGGAAAAGGAUCCGCU